AUGAGUAAUGAUUUGGAAGAGUCUGAUAAUCGACCGAAACUGUUUAUAGUGGUGUUGCAUUUAUCAAAUGAUGCAUUAUCGGCGAUAGAGUUAUCUAGAAUCAAGGUGAAAUCUCCUACCAAGAAGCAACUUGCCGUGAGCAAAAGAGCCGAACAGAUAAGCCAUUAUAAAGCCCAGGUAACGCAAGAGAGUAGAAAUAGACGUUUUUUGAGUCGCCAAAAACAAGACGAGCUUGCUCCAGCUGCAAAGAGGUUGGAUUUCGGUACAGAAAAGAAGGUUAGAUUUUCAUAA